AUGGGCUCCCUUUACCGACCCUCUACUAAGACCAAGGCUCAAGAGGCCGCAGCUGCCCUAUCUCCUGAACGAAGAAAGUCUGAAGAUGAGCGCCAACUUAUACUUCUACGCACUAUUAUGCAGCAGACCAUUUGGAAGCUUGACCCGAAGUCUGACUUGGCAAUCCACCUCCAAGAAACGAUGGAUGAAAUAAGACGUCAUAACCUGGCCACGUUGUUUCCUGCAAGCUCUUGCGAUACUUACCAAGAGAUGAAUGUUGAUGGAACUAGCAGCACUGCGAUCGGGGACAGCAACGUGGAAGAACCUGUUGCUUGUAUUGAGGCCCCGAAGAAGACCUCACACAAGACAGUCACAGACGACAACUAUGAGAAUGAAGAGCUCGUUCGUCCUGAGGUUCCCGAAAAAGGGGCUGCCGCCAAUGAGAACCAAGCUGCAACACGGAAGCGAGCGAUGGACGACGAUGAAACAACUAUACCUCUUGCGAAGAGAGUCAGGACCUGGAUAGGUGGUGUUUUCGCUUCCAGAACUUAG